GCCCAUUGAUCUUGUUGAUUUAGGGUUUCAGUUUCAACCUCAUAAAUUACGAUAAGCCAUUUUUGUUGCGUGACUCUGUCGCCACUUUGAAACCCUAAUCUCAGGGUUCUUUACUGGAGAAGUUAAGCUAACCAGAAGAAAAGUUUCCGAGAAUGAGUAAGCUUCAAAGUGAAGCCCUCAGAGAGGCAAUUACUCAGAUCACUACUGAUGCUAAAGAAAAGAAGCGUAAUUUUACUGAAACCAUUGAGCUUCAAAUUGGUUUGAAGAAUUAUGAUCCGCAAAAGGACAAACGUUUCAGUGGUACAGUGAAGUUGCCUCACAUUCCUCGCCCAAAAUUGAAAGUUUGCAUGCUUGGAGAUGCCCAGCAUGUUGAAGAGGCCCAAAAAAUAGGACUUGAGUAUAUGGAUGUUGAGGGACUGAAGAAGCUGAACAAGAACAAGAAGUUGGUGAAGAAGCUUGCUAAAAAACACCAAGCUUUCUUGGCUUCUGAGUCUGUCAUCAAGCAAAUUCCUCGUUUGUUGGGUCCUGGUCUAAACAAAGCUGGUAAGUUCCCGACACUUGUUAGUCAUCAGGAAUCCCUCGAGGCGAAAGUCAAUGAGACCAAAGCAACGGUCAAGUUUCAACUAAAGAAGGUGCUCUGCAUGGGAGUGGCUGUUGGAAACUGCAGCAUGGAGGAAAAGCAAAUUUUCCAAAACGUUCAAAUGAGUGUCAAUUUCUUAGUUUCUUUGCUAAAGAAGAAUUGGCAAAAUGUGAGAUGCUUAUACUUGAAGACAACCAUGGGGAAGCCAGUUCGCAUCUUUUAAGGAAGAGCUUAUUUGUUUGUAUGUUUUAAUUUUGGGUUAAUGUUAAAGUCAGUGUUGGAAAGUAUAUUUCUCAUGAACACAGGAAUAGGUUUUUCUUUGGCUUGUUACAUGUUUGUUUUUGUAGCACUAUAAAAUCUAUUUACUUUUAAAAAAAUAUUUUUAUAUCGGAGUUA